CUGAUAGCAUCAUUAAAGUCAUCGCUACUAUCAAUAAUAUUCAGUCUUAUAUAAACAACCAAUUCACCGAUAUGAAUUUGUGCAUGAAAAUUGUUGUUUCAAUAAUGAUUGUAAGCGACUUGAGUUUUUCUCUUCAAAUUCGUAACUUGGGAGGAACGUGGAUUGUCGAAAAUAUCCAAAAAGGCUUCAAUUUUAAUGGAACGGUACCAGGUGGUAUUUAUAGUGACUUAAUGCUCAAUAAUAUAAUUGGUGACAUCUUUUACGAAUCUGAGGACACUAAAGCUCGAUGGGUAUCAAUGCUGGAUUGGAAUUAUUCUAGAACCUUCUCCGUCGACGCUGAAAUACUUUCGCACGAUAACAUCAAUUUAGUAUUCGACGGAUUGGACACGUUUUCAACUAUUCUUGUAAACAAUAUUAAGAUUGGAAUAAGCCAGAACAUGUUUGUCAGAUACGUUUUUGAUGUUACACCCUAUCUUCAGUUGGGAAUUAACGUUCUUACAGUACAGUUUAAAUCGCCGGUGAUAAAAGCGAAGGAACUAUUUAAGAAGCAAUCCUCGGAGUACAUUGUGCCCCCUUUGUGCGUUCCUCCAGAAUAUAAUGGCGAAUGUCAUGUUAAUCACAUCAGAAAAAUGCAGGCAUCGUUUGGUUGGGACUGGGGUCCAGCCUUUCCUUCUAUGGGAAUCUGGAAGGACAUUACUUUACAGGCUUAUAAUUCUACGAUACUGGUAGAUGUAACUUCCAGUAUUACGUCAAACGAUUUGGAGAACGUGUGGAACUUGCAACUUAAUACUUACUUUGAAGGAAAUAAACACGGGGAAAUCGUGGGAGAAAUGCACGUUACGAUUUCAACAGCUAUGGGAAAUGUUACAGAAAUGGUUAACAUUAAUGUACACAGAAAUAAUGAUGGAGAAUUCUUAUGGACUAUUAACAUGACAAUUUCAAAGACAUAUGUCAACUUAUGGUGGCCAAAUGGCUAUGGAAGACCAUCACUUUCCACAGUGGGAAUAACUUUUAUUAGUGCAGAUCAUCAGGAAAGAAGUGAACGCAUAAUAAAAAUUGGUUUUCGCACAGUGGAACUAGUCCAAAAUAAAAUAGAGCAUGGGCGGACUUUUUACUUUAAAAUUAACAGCGUCCCCAUUUAUAUGAAGGGCUCGAAUAUUAUUCCCGUUAGCAUUUUACCCGAACUGGGUCAAAAUAAGACGCACGUACAAUUCCUGCUAAAAUCGGCCAAAGAUGCGAAUAUGAACAUGCUACGGGUUUGGGGAGGUGGCGUUUACGAGAGCGAUGUGUUUUAUAAGGCUGCGGAUGAGUUGGGUUUAUUGAUUUGGCAGGAUUUCAUGUUUGCCUGCUCUAUGUAUCCCGUGGAUCAAGAUUUUUUGAAAAAUGUUGCAGAUGAAGUAAACCAUCAGGUGAGAAGAUUGCAGCAUCAUCCCUCCGUCGUUGUGUGGGCGGCCAGUAAUGAAAAUGAGGCAGCCUUACGUCAGAAUUGGUACGGCACCAAAAGCAAUUUCUCCCUGUACAAGAGUGAUUUCAAAAAGUUGUACGUGGAUACCAUCAAAAAUAUGGUGCUCUCAGUGGACCGCACCAGACCAUUUCUAACGUCGAGUCCGACAAAUGGGGUUGACUCAGAGCGAGAAGGGUACAUUGCGGAGGACCCACAGAGUCAUUUUUAUGGCGAUGUUCACUUUUACAAUUAUUUGACCAACGGAUUAAGUCAACCACUUUAUCCGAUUAGCAGAUUCGUGUCUGAGUAUGGAUACCAAUCGUUGCCUUCUGUGCAAACUUUACUAACGGCGACGAACGACAGCAAUCAUUUAGGAAUAUUGGAUAAUUUCUUGAGACAUCGCCAACACCACGCCUACGGUUACGUUGAGAUGGACCUACAAAUCGGUUACCAAUUCAAACUGCCGGACUACGAGAGCCCAAAUUUUAACCAAGCUUAUACAUUUUACAGUCAAAUCGUGCAAGCUAUGUCCGUAAAAACUUCGACGGAAAAGUUUAGAAGGUGGAGAGGAAACGUUAAUGAUAUAGGGGAAGGAUUGACAAUGGGGGCCUUGUAUUGGCAACUUAAUGACGUUUGGGUCGCACCGUCUUGGUCCAGCAUAGAUUUUAAACAAAACUGGAAAAUGCUGCAUUACUUCGCCAAGCGCUUCUUCGCACCUGUUAUAAUAUCAAACGAAUUAAGCGUAACAGAUAACUUGCAUUCCUACGUCGUGUCCGACCUAAUGAAGCCAAUUCAAAAUGUGACACUCACCCUUACAGUUUAUGGGUGGAAUUCUACCACAUCAAUUUACAGUGAGACAGUCAAGGCGACAAUACUCCCGGGAUCUUCACGAAAAAUCGGAUCAAUCGAUUUGAAGUCAUUUUUAACGGAAAAGUGGUGUGGCGUUGAUCCGUUCUGUAACUGCUUUGUAUAUUACACGCUAACCGAUAGGGAAAAUAAUCCACUCGCACCAGAUAACUUCUUUUUCCCCACGGCGAUAAAAAAUGCCAAUUUGAUAGCGCCCAAGCUGAAGACAAGCGUGCGGCAAAUUGAUAGAAUCGGAAAAGAGUUUGAAAUCCUUAUCGAAACAGAUGUGAUAGCCUUAUUUGUGUGGCUCGAAACUACGAACGUACAGGGGAGAUUUUCUGAUAACGGAUUUCUUCAAGUGACUACGAAAAGGACUGUGACAUUCUUUCCACUGAGAACAGUGUUGAUAGGUGAUUUAGAAAACGCCCUUGUAGUUACUAACCUUUUGGAUAGUAAGUUCUUGUAAUGCUUUUGUCUUAGGUACUAAGAGUUUUUGUUGUAAAUGAUGGCAUACUUAAAUUGAGUUUUGUAUUAAAAGAGUGGAAAUGUU